AGAGAAUGCCCAAAAAACAAAAGAGGAGGCCAAAGCAAAAAUCUCCCAUAUACGACGGUUAGCAGUUGGCAGCCAAAUGAAGCUUGAAGAUGCGAAAAACCAUUCAGGGAAGGAAAGAAGCGGAGCUGAAAGAAGAACGUGAUGCAUUAAACUCGUGGCAACAAGGUGUAUCACGAGAGAACAGCCAGCAUGACGUCGAAACGUUGUCCGCUGGUGAUUCUAAAAAGGGGUUUACAACUUGUAAACAGGAGGAUUUUAUGCUUGAAUGGGAUAACGUUACUCAAGCUUCAGGAAAGAUUGACGAGGCAAACACAGUUCAGAAACUGGAGCCCAAACGAUUAGCUUCUGCCAAAAUUGCGACAUUGAAACCUGGAGAAAGAUUAUUGCCUGCUCCUCGAAGAGGCUUUCGAGUUUACAUUUCAUUUACGAAGAAAACACUUCCCAAUCAUCUUCCAGCGCGUGAAAGUAGAGAGAAAGAACUUCAACUUAUAAAGCAUGCUCCCAUCUCCAAUGACGCGAUUGAUGUUUCGGAAAGGGAACCACUGUUUCUGCAAGACAAAGGCGACAAAUUCUACAGCGCUGGAGACUUCAGAAGUGCGGUCAAUGCGUACUCUGAUGCCAUACAAAAGGAUGCUUCACUGUUUUUAUCUCGUGCAAACAGAGCAGCCUGCUACUUGCAGAUGAGCCAGAUGCAAGCUUGUAUCAAUGACUGUACAAGAGCACUCCAGCUUUUAAGUGGACAAGACAACGAGAUUGCCCAGGACAAAACUGAAGCCGAACAGUCUACCGCUCCAAAACUCAUGUCCUUGGAGAAGGAUUUCCUCCCAAUGGACACUUUGGAUUUACUGAGAGCAGCUGCCUCAGAUGAUUCCGAAGAAUGGAAUAGACGUGCUCAAAGCUGUGUUUUAGCAAGGCGAGGAUGUGCGAACGGCCACCUGGGAGACCUUGAAGAUGCUGUCACAGACUUCAAGGAGGUAUUGCUGCAAACUUAUUGUUUUAUCGACAGUGAUUAUCAAAACUGUGCAGGCAUUGAAGCUAAAUCCGUCCGCUACUGACAUCCGAAGAGUACUGGAUUGCAUCGCUGCCAAGUA